AUGCGUGUCGAUGUAAUGCCGGUAUUCAAUGUAAAUUUCAAAUUAUGCGAGUUUUUCAAUAUCAAUUUGGACGAACGCGGAUAUUAUCAAGUAAACUUUGAAAACUUAGAAAACAUGAACUAGUGAUAAAUAUAUAGACUCCUCCCAUUUCCCACGAGCGACAAUUGUUGUUUUGAAAACGAAUUCAACAGAAAAAUUGAGAGAAAACUAAUUUUUAUUUAAUUCAGUGCAAAACUAUCUAUAGAUCUAGAAGAAAAGAAUUGGAUUUUUCUUUGCAGGUGCGAAUUUCACCGAAAUACUCUUCUGAUUUCACAACGACAAUUGAUUUCGACGAACAGAAAAAAGCAAUUCAAAAACCCGAAAGAAGUACACUUCAAAACGAUGUCGAAUUAUUGCCAUCGUGUGUUGUGAAAAAUGUCGGCGUUUCAAAAACCUUUGAAAUCACGUUUGUUGAUGAGAGAAGUGAAUUAGGUGAGAAUUUGAACUUGUAUGAAGAAAAAAACUGAUAAAAUUGAAAAAUGCUCAUUUUUAUUUAUCACGGUAUGACUAAAAAAUUUAGAAAUGAUGAUAAAUUAAAUUAAAUUUAUUGAACUCGAAUUUUUUUUGAUGAAAUAUAGUUUUUGAGCCUCUCACGAAAUAUUCUGUUAGAUUCUGAAUAUGAGUUAUGACGUGGCAAAAAAAGUUUCUUUCAGAAGAGCCAUUCAAUUUGAUAGUUCGGCUAAAUUCACUUGACAAUGUUUGUACCGUCAAAUAUUUGUUUGUCGACGUCGAAAUCUGGUAUAUGGAUCGAUAUCGGCCACCACUUUUCGAGCAUUUUCAGAAAAUCUCCCACCGAUCUCUUAGGGUUAGUGCAAUUUUUUGGGAGGAGAACCACACCUCGGCCAAGCCGUGGCUGGCCAGAGUACAAUUUUUGGAAAAAUCAGAAUUUCAGUUUUUAGAGGUCAAAAAUUGAAAAAUCUCAAUUUUUAGAGGACACAAACUGAAAAAUUCACAAUUUUUGUACUGUAAAAAGUUAGCGUACAAUUUUUUAUUGUGGAAACCACGAUUAUGGCCGAGGUGUGAGGAGAACGUUUAAAAUUUUGAAGCUCUGGGAAGGGUUUCCUAACAAAAUUCAAGAAAUCGUUAAUUAUUCUUUUGAAACCAAAAUUUUCCAGAUCCCCCUUGAUCCAACUCGUCUUUCUGCCGCCGCCCGUUCACUUUAUUUCGAGAAUAGUCACAUUGCAGCAGUUACACUACGCGUAUUCUCAUCGCUCGUCAAAAUCGAUGCGAAAACCAAGAAAACAUCGCCGGAAAAUGUAAGCCUCUUCCGAAUUCUCCACUUCCUUCUGACAAUCCCAUUUUUUCCAGCAUCAAAUUCGUUCUCAACGCGCUAAAAACACUCAUUCCGCCGCAAUUCACGCAUUGUUUUAUUCGAAAAGAUCAAUCGAACGAUUCAUCGCAAAAUAUAUUGAUUUGACAGAAGUGCGAAUAGCUUUUCCGGCUGGAAGUUCGGAUAUUCAAAAAUUGAAAAAAGUGGCGAGCGAAGAAAUGGAACAGGAUUCGUCGCCUUAUAAAAGAAUUGAAUUGGAUGUUAUGAGAUUUAGUUCGGAGUUGGAUUAUGUGUAUUCACAAUUGGUGGACAUUUUUGAGAAUAAUGAAGGUGAGAUUUGGAGAAGGGGAAAAUUCAAAUUUGGAUGGUUUUAAUGAAAAUAGAGAAAAAUCUACUCAAAAACCUUGUUUUUCAACUUCUUCAGUAUGAAGUUUUGAUUAUUUUUAAAUUUUUCUGAGAAUCAAUGAAAACUGUUCUUUUCCAUGAAAAAUGUUUAGCUCAAUUUUCCCCAUUUCCAGCACUCACCAUCCAACUAAUCACAAUUUAUGACAAACAACGUCGCAACAUUUUCCGCGAAGCAUUUUUCUGCCAAGAAAGAUUGAAAGAAGAGAUGAAAUUCAAUGGAAUUAUCGAUCGAAGUGAACUGUUUCAAGUUGUCACAAAAUCCAAGUAUUUGAAAAAGAUGCCGAGUACAAGCUUGUUUUGCUCGGAUUUCGACUCGCCGGGUGAUUUAUGGUAAGGUUUGAGAGGGGUUUUUGAUAGAUACUGUGAAUCUGAUGUUUUUCCAGCCCGAUAAUAUUCGAAGAAUGUUUCACCAAAUCACCACCUCCUAUCAAGGAUCUCCGAAAAUCUGAAGAUACCCAAGCGCCUGUUGCUAGCACCUCUGAACCUUCAACUUCAAAAUUCUCAACAUCUUCUAAGAAAUCCAAAUCGUUUCGAGAAAAAGCAUCGAAAAAACUGAGAUUUAUGAAACCCCGCAGAAGAAGUUUGGAUCAUAAAUCGCCCACAAAACUAAUCAGAGAGUCUCCAAGAAGUUUAACCUUGACACUAGAUAAUCUGAAAGAGAUUAAGAUUCCAUUGAUGGCGAAUGGGGAAAACACGGAAGCAGAAGGAGAAGAGAGAUGUUCAGCUGCUGGAGAAAUGCAGCCAACAACAUCAAUGGUAUCACAAGAAGAAACAAUUGCUGCAUUGUUAACAAGUUCACCAUCAGCUGAUCAAAUUCACACAAUAACUGAAAAAGUGGACGAUUAUCAAGAAGAACAUCCACAAGAUAUUAUGGAUAUUUAUGAAUUUAUUAGAGAGCGUGAAAAUGUUAAGAAAAAGUUAGCAGAUUUGAAUUAUGAUGGUUAUUUGUAUAGCGAAAAAUCGAUUUUGGGACAAACAGCACCGACUUUCACACCAAUGGCAUCGGUUUAUAUCGAAAGUUUGGAUGAGAAUAAAAGUAUGAAUGAUAUUCUGAGCAAACCGGUUUCGCUUCAUUUGGUUGUAUUUGUGCAUGGUUUAGAAGGUUCGCCGGAUGAUUUGAUGUCUUAUAAGAAUUGUUUGCGACAAAUUGUUGAGUCGAACUAUAAUUCGGAACAUUUGCACGAUGAAAAUGCAGAGGCUUGGAAGUUCGACUAUUUGUUGAGUAAAUCGAAUUUGCGCACUACUUGGAAUGAUUUCGAUGUGAUGUCGAAUAAUUUGUUGGCGGAGAUUGAGGCGAGAUUUGAGGAAUGUGCUGUGGAUUAUGAUCGAAUUAGUUUUAUCGCGCAUAGUUUGGGUAAGUGUUUUUGGAUCGAGGGAAGAUUGAAAAAACUAUUUAAUAAUCAUUUUAUCUUGAAAAUUUUAAAUGCGUAAAUUAUUGCGGAGAAGCUCAAAACUACAGGAUUUUUGGCCAAAUUCCUCAAAACUUUCGGGAAGUUUAAAAGUAACCUAAAAUUAAUAAAAAAAAUCUGGAUUUUUCAUCACAAAAAUGAAGAAAAAUAAAAUAUAUAUUUAAAAAUCAGAUCCUAAAAUUGCCCAAAAAUAACUUUAUUGAAAACAAUUUCAAUUUCUAUGAUUAUCACCCCAUCGCAAAAAUUUUAAAUUCAAAUCUCCCAAAUCUGCGUCAGUCAAAUAUUCGCUAUCAUUAAAUUCCUCGUUAAACAUCCAAUCAAUUCCAACUUUUACCAAACGAUAGUGAUAAACAGCUGAUUCUCCAUUAAUUUUCUUUAGCUUCACACUAAAUCCAUAUUUGGUUCCAUUCAUCACAAAAUUGUAGAAUUGUGUUGAAUUCAGAUAUGUCCGACUCCGAACUAAUCUGUUAUUUUCAGUUAGUUCAUCGGGUGUUGGUAUUAUUGUUCCACCAAUUCCAUUUAUUUUGUAAUCUUCUGUCACAUUUGCCUCAUUUUUUAAAAAUUUAACAAAUCGUUUUUCCAACACUGUUCUCAUGUUUAUAUCAAUUUCUAAUCUCGGUUUCAAAACAUCCACAUUUUUAUACCUUUUCAAAAAUUCUCGAUCUUCAAUUCGUUUUUCUGCAAGAAUCAACCAUUUCUUAUCAUUAUUUGGGUUAACUAUUGUAUACUGCAUAAUAUAUUCCGCAUUAUAACUAGCUACUCGAAAUUCCACAAAUUUCGGAUUUUCCGUUUUAAUUCCAUAAAUAUAUCUUGGUUCCAACAGAACUUUCAUUGUUCUUGCAUGUUGCCAUCGAUUUUCCUUGGAAAUGAACACAUCGUUUUGAUCCUUUCCUGAUGUUGUAAAAACUGGUACUAAUAUGGUUGAUGGAUCAUCUUCUUUCGUUAAAUUCAUAUAUUUAUCCAAUACUUCUUUUGUGACGAAAUUCCAAUCUUUGAGUGCAAAUAUGCCAUUUUGAAGAAAUGAAUAUAAUAAUAAAACUGGAAACAACAACAUUAUUGAUGACAAAGUUGGAAUGAAUUGAAUCUGAAAGUUUGAGAGGGGAGAAUAAUGUCUAGACAUGACCAUUCUCAAAUAUGUUAACACCGAGAAAUUUCGAUUUAAGAACAAAUUGUCCGAAAAUUAUUUUUGUAUGAAAAAAUUCAGAGUUUUCUGAUCAAAAGUUUUUACCAAAUGAUAAAAUUUGAAAAUUUUACGAAAAUUCUUGCAGGCGGUCUAAUCGUUCGAAAUAUGAUUGGAAAAGAAGCCGAAAUGGAAGAAGAAACUCGCAAAAAACUAAUUCCAAAAUUGCACACUUUAAUGACUCUAAAUAGUCCACAUUUAGGAUUGGCUUAUAUGGGAAAACAUGUUCAUUGGGGUGUGAAUUUUGUGCAAUUGUAAGUGAUUUUUCUGAAAAAUUAUUCAUCAAUCUGUUAUUUUCAGAUUCAAAAAAUCAACAUCAGUCUAUCAAAUGUCAUUCCGUGAUAAAUCGAAAAUCGAAGAAACUUUCAUCUAUGAACUAUCGAAAAAUGGAGCAUUUUCGAAGUUUGUCAAUGUUUUGUUGGUUGGAAAUCCACGUAAGCACUUGGAAUUUCUGGAAGUUUGAUAAAAAGAUAAUUUUUGCAGACGAUAAAAUAGUUCCAUGUAAUUCAUCGCUUUUAUUGCCAAUCAAAGAAUCUUUGAAAGAUUCGUCGAAUUUUGGAGUUCAUUAUAAGUAAGGAUUUUUGGAGGGAUUUGGGAUUUGUGAAAUUUAUUGAAAUUAAUUUUUAUUCAAAAUUUGAAGAAGAAAAUAUUCCUCAAUUAAAUACGUUUAGAUUUUUUUUUAAAUUACGAGUCAAAAAUUCCAUUUCGAUUGAACUCCGAAAGCUUGAAUUUGAAAAAAUCAGAUUUUUGAACUCUGAAAUCGCCUUUAGAAAUUCCCCGAAAAAAUAGGUUUCAAAAAAUCUUCGAAUUUCCAAAUCGAAACAUUCUAUGAAAAAGAUCCAAGAAUUUUUCGAAAAUCUGAAAAAUUCCAGAAAAAUCAUCGAAAAUGUGAUAAAUUCGAUUAAAAAUGGUGAAAGAGUGGAGAAUUUCGUUCGCUAUACAACAAUUCAUCAAGUCGUCUCAGCUUCAACAAAUCGCAUUAUUCGAAGAGCCGGUAAUUAAUUAAUUAGCAAUUUUUAAUUAAAUUCUUUUUUUGCAGCUCACGUUGGCGCCGUCGAAGAUCUCAUUUUCAUCGAAAAACUAUUCUCAAUUUCAGCCGUCAAGUAUUUUUUGUAA